UUUUUUGUACAACAAUAUUAAAAUGAGUGGCUUUAUAUAAUUGAGUAUGUUUAUGGUCACUUGAAGUUAAUUUCUUAUAUGUUUUUUUUGUUAAUGUUAGAUUUAUUAUAUAUCCAUCACCAAAGAACAAAAUAAAUUAACACUAAUUAAUAGCAUGUCUCCAAAAGAAAAAGUUACUAAAAAAGAAAGCUAUAGGCUAUAUAGCAGUAUUAAAAAUAAUGAAAAGCAAAGAAGAUUCCACCGCAUUUUCCUUUGAUGUUCACAUAGUUUUUAUCUUUUUAGAGUUUAAAUAAGAAGAAUUAUAGGGGAAUCUCUUAGUCACUCACCGUCACUGACCUUUAUAAUUAGACUAUAGAGAGAGAGAGCAUGGAGUAGGCAAGAAGAGCACACAAACCAAGCAUGGGAAACUGUUUAUUCGGAGGGUUAGGCGACGAAGAGGAAGACUUAUUAAUCAAAGUCAUAAAAUCCGACGGUGGAGUUCUUGAGUUCUACUCCCCCGUCACCGCGGGCUACGUCUCCCACGAAUUCUCAGGCCAUGCUCUUUUCUCGGCUCUUGAUCUCCUCUGGAAACCCCUGCCUCACGACCACCUCCUCGUGCCCGGUCAGUCCUACUAUCUCUUUCCCAAUAUUGUCUCCGACGAGUUGAAGACUUUUGUGGGAAGCUGCCACGUGAGAUCCAACAGCGAGUCCUUGCCAGCGAUAACUCCGUACAGAAUGUCUCUGGAUUACAACCACAGGGUGUUGAAGAGAUCAUACACGGACGUUUUCUCAAGAAACAACCACACAAGGACCCGACAGAAGGAGAAGAAGACGAGGAGGAGACGUACGAUCAGCAAAGGUGGAAUUUGGAAAGUGAAGCUGAUCAUAAACACUGAAGAGCUGUUACAGAUUCUGUCUGAAGAUGGAAGAACAAAUGAGCUAAUAGAGAGUGUGAGAGCCGUGGCCAAGGGUGAAAACGUCGUAACAUCGAGCAUCACAAGUGGUUCGUCCGAGAAUGUCUUCUCGGUGGUACAUACCUAGAUUUUUAUUUCUGGUAGAUUUUAAUUCCCUAUAUUUAAAUGUGUGGUUAAUGUUAUAAGAGCAUCAGCAGUGCGGCACUCAAGAAGAUAGAUGUGAGGCAAAUUAAAUUAGUAAAAUAAAGUUAGAGAGGAGAGAGGAGAGAUGAGGAACAGAGGAAAGAUGAAAAAUUGUUUUCAUCGAAGGAACAGAGAGGAGAGAUGAAAACAAUUUUUUAAUAUAAAAAAAAUCAGAACUAACCAAACAAAGACACCUGCCCCUCACACUCGGUUGUAAACUAACACUCGCAUACGCAUUCCAAGUGCACUGUUCUCUUACUUUUGAAUAUUUUAAUACU